UUACCCAGCGUUCCCUACGAUACUGUAAAAUGGCGGCGAAUGCAAGCACAAACACAGCUGUCUUUGACUGUCCGUCAUGGGCAGGAAAGCCUCCACCUGGACUCCAUCUGGAUGUGGUUAAAGGAGACAAAUUAGUAGAGAAACUGAUCAUUGACGAGAAGAAGUUUUAUCUGUUUGGGAGGAACCCAGACCAAUGUGACUUCACGAUAGACCACCAGUCCUGCUCACGGGUCCAUGCGGCACUGGUCUAUCACAGACAUCUGAAGAGGGUCUUUCUUAUUGACCUCAACAGCACCCAUGGCACAUUUCUGGGCAGAAUCCGCCUCGAACCUCACAAACCUCAGCAGGUGCCGAUUGACUCGACUAUGUCUUUCGGUGCGUCCACAAGAGUGUACACGCUGAGAGAGAAGCCCCAAACACAGAGCAGCUCAACUACAGGAGACAGUAAAGGACUGGAGGAUGAAGAACUUAAGGGAUUGCUUGGCCUUCCAGAAGAAGAGACGGAGUUGGAGAACCUGACUGAGUUCAACACGGCUCAUAACAAACGCAUUUCCACACUCACCAUUGAGGAGGGAAAUCUGGAGAUCCAGAGACCAAAGAGGAAGAGGAGGAGCUCACGAGUGUCCUUCAGCGAGGAGGAGGAAAUCAUAAACCCAGAGGAUGUUGACCCCUCCGUUGGACGCUUCAGAAACAUGGUGCAGACAGCUGUGGUCCCCAUUAAGAAGAAGAAAUACGAAGGCCACGGCACAUUGGGAUUGGACGACAGCAUAGCUCGCCGAUUACAGAACUUCCCCCUCAGUGCUGGGCUCUACGGCGACCUGCCACCCACCAGCCACGAUUUUGGAGGCCAGGGGGGCGGCGGCCAGGGAGGCGGGUCAUCUGCAAUCCUUGCUGGGAUGCCUCUACCCUUCCCCAACCCCGCCCCAGAGAUCGAUCUCACACCCACCACUGUGCAGCCCCCUGCUAUGCUGAACCCCACACCUGCGCCAGGACCCUUUAUGGCCGAGCCCCUGAACGAGCCACGCAAGAAAAAAUAUGCAAAGGAGGCGUGGCCUGGCAAAAAACCCACCCCCUCCCUGCUGAUCUAACAUGCAGGACUUCUUGUUUUACAGUGACACAUAAGACUUUGAUGCUUACGUUUACAAGCAUCUGCACGUUUGGACCACAUUUUCAGGUUAUCGGUUCCAAACUCUACAGAUUUUUACAAAUUGACACGCUUCAAAUGCAGAAUGUUACCUGUUACAAGGCAUUACCACAAGGAUUAUACAUUUUGGGAAUCUGAGGCGUUACUGUGUAGACACACUAUAAACUGGUACUAUCAGCCUGAACUCAUGAAAACAUGGUUGGCAAAGAAUUCUUUCAUAGAAAAAUAUUUUCAAUUGUUAUUAUUAGGACCUGUAAUUAAAUUUUUGUUUUUUGCAAUGACAUUUUCAUAAGAAUUGAGGACAUUUCCCAACACAAAUUCUCAUAACAUCAUUAACAUAAUCUUUCUCAUUCUAGAAUAUUUUCUUUGAACUUUGGGAAGGCAUAUGGCUCUGCAUGUUUCAGGCUUUGUCAGAUAUUUCUGAUGAACACUUACAUUCACAACGCUUAUACCACAUACAACAAAUAUUGGAUAAAUGCAUUGUUAUAUCAGAGAUACAAGCUGACAGCUGCUGUUUCUGUUGGCCAUAAGGUAACCAGCGAUGGCAUUUUAACAAGAACAUCUAUUUAAAACCUUGUUUUGUGUUGAACAGAAGUGCCAUCGUAUCACUGUUCAAUUAUAAUUUCAUGUGUCUUUGUUUUUAAAGAUUUUUUUUAUUGGCCUACACCAGGGGUGGGGAACCCUGGUCCUGGAGGGCCACUGUCCUGCAGAGUUUAGUUCCAACCCUAAUUAAACACACCUGAAAAAUCAAAUUCAAGUCUUCAGGAUUACUUGGAAAUAAAAUUCAGGUGUGUUUGAUUAGGGUUGGAACUAAACUCUGCAGGACAGUGGCCCUCCAGGACCAGGGUUCCCCACUCCUUGCCUACACAAACCAAACCAUAUCGCACAAAUGUUACAGUAAUGGAUUGUAAUGUUGAAACUGUAGCAUCGAUUAACAUGUCUGAUCAAUUUCUGUGUGUUAUCAUAAACCUAACUGUUUGUAUCACACGGUUUAAUGAAACGUUUCUAAAUAAUGCUAUGUAUUCAUAGAGGGUAAUGCAAAGAUAGAAACAUAAAUGAAUGGAGGGAGAUGCCUUGUAAUGUGAACUGUUUUGUUAGCGUUUUUAUAUAUAUAUUUUUUAUAUCUUGAAUGCUUGUUGCUACCCAGGGUAAGAAGCAGUAAUAGCAAGAUUUAAUGUGGAAAGAUGAAAGGGAUUUCUGUCACUGUUGGAUUAUUUGUCUAAUAAACAGUAUUCCUUACUUUAAACAUGGAUUUCAAUAGUUAAAUGCAUUAAUACGUUAUUUUUUAAAGGUGGGGUGCAUGAUCUCUGAAAGCCAAUGUUGACAUUUGAAAUCACCUUAACAAACACACCCCAACCUAAUAGAAUCUGGACCUUCUUUUGAUAGACCCGCCCCACACAUAUGCAACCCAGGCAACGAUCUUGGUUAGUAGACACGCCCCUUACUGCUGAUUGGCUACAAGUGUGUUUUGGUACUCUACCUUUUCCAAAGGGUUUCUCAAAAAUCACGCACCCCGCAUUUAAUUGAUAUGUUUUUUAUUGAU